AUGUCCCUCAACCAGUGUCUGCUGGUAGGCCCAAAACUGCAACAAGACAUUGUUGAUGUUCUGGUUGGGUUCAGGGUGCAUAAGGUGGCAUUCACAACGGACAUCUGUAAGAUGUAUAGACAGAUUGAGGUGCUGCCGCAAUACCGAGGAUAUCAGUACAUCCUAUGGCGUGAAUCACCUCAAGUCUCUGUAAGAGAGUAUGCCCUGAACACUGUAACGUACGGGGUAAAUAGUGCUCCCUAUUUAGCCCUGAGGGUUCUCCGCUUCAUCGCCGACACGGAAUGUGCAGAUCAGCCAGACGUGAAGGGAGCGUUAUAUAACCAAACGUAUAUGGAUGACAUAUGUGUUGGCGCAGAGUCCUUGGAAGCUGCUAAAGUGCUGCAGUCUAACCUGAUCAAGACUCUUGCCAGAUCCGGCCUACAACUGAGAAAAUGGGCUAGUAAUUCACCGGAGUUGCUGGACCAUCUGCUUCCGGAAGAUCGUUCUGGAAGUCCGUUGACGUUUGAACAGAAUAAUGCCACGCAUGUGUUAGGCAUGUUGUGGAAUCAUGAUCUGGACUAUUUUUCGUUUACCGUCAACAACUUUAAAUUGGUUCUCACAAAACGAGGUGUGCUGUCUAUGAUCGCCAGGAUUUUUGAUCCGCUAGGUAUGCUGUCACCAACGAUAUUUUAUGCCAAAACCAUCAUGCAACGUCUGUGGUUCUCACAGGUUGGUUGGGACAGUCGGAUUCCAUCGGAUAUCGCGGAUGAUUGGUGCCACUUCUACCAUUCACUAGGUUGGCUGGUGGACAUCCAGAUUCCACGCUACAUCGGUUGCUACACUGGUUGUAGUUAUAUUCUCUGCGGUUUUUGUGACGCCUCCGAGAAAGGAUAUGCGGCUGUAGCGUAUCUCCGCGUGACUGAUCCGUCCGGAGCUACGGCCACAUACCUCCUGGGCGCCAAAACCAAGCUAGCACCAAUGAAGACCAUGACAACACCACGUCUGGAGCUAAGUGGUGCAUUGCUCCUUGCAUCAUGGUUGGCCAGGCUCAAGCGCAUUUUGGAGUUCCAGUUGGGAAUUUCUGAUGUCUUCGCGUGGUCUGACUCGUCCAUAGUUUUAUCGUGGUUGAACAUCCCGCAUACAUCGUUCAAGACGUUCGUGUCCAACCGGAUAUAUCAAAUCCAGUCCGCAGUACCCGGUUGCCGCUGGCAACAUGUGCGUUCUGAGGAUAAUCCGGCUGACUGCGCGUCUCGAGGUCUCCUCCCUGACGAGCUUAGGCGAUGCAAGCUCUAUUGGCGGGGUCCGACCUUCUUGCAAUCUCCAGUCGAAGCUUGGUCUCAGGAAAUUCCACAAUUAGAGUUGGAAGAGCUGCCGGAAGUAAAACCAGUGUGUUUAUUGACUUGUGAAGAUCCUCCAGUCGAAUGGUUUAUUCGGUUCUCCUCCUUUCACCAGAUGAUUCGCGUACUAGCUCAGGUACGUCGGUUCAUCCGGUUGUGUCAAAGGAGAAAGGUCGAGUUAGGUUUUCUGAAACAAUCUGAAUUAGACGAAGCUACGCUCGUGAUCGUUAGGAGUGCUCAGAAUUGUUAUUUGAGCCAGCUAGUAGACGGCCUGCGUCGGGGGAGCCCGGUCCAGUCCAAGGCGCUAGCUCGUCUGUGCCCGUUCUUGGAUUCAGAUGGUAUAAUCCGCGUUGGCGGACGGAUGCAAAACUCCAAUUGGUCGGAGAAGCGAAAGCAUCCUAUGUUAGUUCCGAAAGAAUCUCAUUUAGCCGUUCUGAUCACACGACAUUGGCAUCUAUACGCGUGUCACGCUCGACCGCGUUUGCUCAUCGCUCUCGUACAACAACGAUUUUGGGUCAUUGGCAUUCGCCCGAUAGUUCAUCGGGUGAUUCGAAAAUGCGUGUUAUGUGCAAAAAUGUCGGCUGAUCAUCCACAACCCAUCAUGGCUGCUCUGCCAGGGUUCCGGGUCCGGGAAGCCCACCCGUUUUCAAUAGUCGGCAUAGAUUACGCAGGGCCUUUGCAAAUGAAGGAGCUCAGUCUGCGGAAGGCGCGCAUCGUUAAGGUUUACAUCGCUGUUUUUGUUUGUAUGACCACCAAAGCGGUGCAUCUAGAACCAGUGUCUGCCCUCUCGACGGAAGCCUUCUUGUUAACCCUGGAUAGAUUCGUAGGUCGCCGUGGCCUUCCGUCGUCCAUCUAUUCGGAUUGUGGCACCAAUUUCGUUGGUGCGGCGAGGCAGCUGCGUCAAUUGGUCAAUAGUCCGGACAGUAGAGAUCAGUUCUCAGGUCAUAUUGCGUGUGAAUGGCACUUCAACCCUCCUGGUGCUCCCCAUUUUGGAGGAAUUUGGGAAGCCGCCGUUAAGUCGGCGAAGUCAUUGCUUGU